GCGGAGAGUGGCAGAACGAGGGUAACGUAGCAAGCUUAGGGUUACGCUUCGUGCAAUUGCGGCGUGGUUCUCUUUUUCUCCAUCUCGAGAGGUUCAUUUUGAGGAUUGUCUAAUUUCUAAAAUCAGUCGAGAUGGUGAAGUUCACAGCCGAAGAACUCCGUCGCAUCAUGGACAUGAAGCAUAACAUCCGCAACAUGUCUGUCAUUGCACAUGUCGAUCAUGGUAAAUCAACCCUCACUGAUUCUCUUGUUGCUGCUGCUGGAAUCAUCGCACAAGAAGUCGCCGGAGAUGUUAGGAUGACUGAUACUCGCCAAGACGAGGCUGAACGUGGUAUUACAAUCAAAUCCACUGGGAUUUCCCUUUACUAUGAGAUGACAGAGGAAUCUCUAAAAAACUACAAGGGCGAAAGGAGUGGAAAUGAAUAUCUAAUCAACCUCAUAGAUUCACCUGGGCACGUUGACUUUUCUUCCGAGGUCACAGCGGCUCUUAGAAUCACUGAUGGAGCAUUAGUCGUCGUGGACUGUAUCGAAGGCGUUUGUGUCCAGACUGAAACUGUGCUCAGGCAAGCUUUGGGUGAAAGAAUUAGGCCCGUAUUGACUGUCAACAAGAUGGAUAGGUGUUUCUUGGAGCUUCAGGUUGAAGGGGAAGAAGCCUAUCAAACAUUCCAACGCGUCAUCGAGAAUGCCAAUGUUAUCAUGGCAACCUAUGAAGAUGCUCUUCUUGGUGACGUCCAAGUGUAUCCAGAGAAGGGUACUGUGGCAUUCUCUGCAGGUUUGCAUGGUUGGGCAUUCACUCUGACCAACUUUGCCAAAAUGUAUGCUGCCAAAUUUGGAGUCGAUGAGUCAAAGAUGAUGGAGAGGCUCUGGGGUGAGAAUUAUUUCGAUCCAGCUACCAAGAAGUGGACUACUAAGAAUACAGGAUCUGCUACCUGUAAGCGUGGCUUCGUCCAGUUCUGCUACGAACCAAUCAAGCAGAUUAUUAAAACUUGCAUGAAUGAUCAGAAAGACAAGUUGUGGCCGAUGUUGCAGAAGCUCGGCGUGACGAUGAAAUCCGAUGAGAAAGAGCUGAUGGGCAAAGCUUUGAUGAAGCGAGUCAUGCAGACUUGGCUUCCGGCGAGCACGGCUCUGCUGGAGAUGAUGAUCUUCCAUCUUCCGUCUCCUUCCAAGGCGCAGAGAUACCGUGUGGAGAACUUGUAUGAGGGUCCUCUCGACGAUGUAUACGCUAAUGCCAUCAGAAAUUGUGACCCAGAAGGCCCCCUCAUGCUGUACGUUUCGAAGAUGAUUCCAGCUUCCGACAAGGGCAGGUUCUUUGCAUUUGGCCGGGUGUUCUCCGGCAAGGUAGCUACCGGGAUGAAGGUCCGGAUCAUGGGGCCGAACUACGUGCCAGGGCAGAAGAAAGACUUGUACGUCAAGAGCGUCCAAAGAACUGUCAUCUGGAUGGGCAAGAAACAGGAAUCAGUGGAGGAUGUCCCCUGUGGAAACACAGUCGCCAUGGUCGGUCUGGAUCAGUUCAUCACAAAGAAUGCAACUCUGACAAACGAGAAGGAAGUGGAUGCGCAUCCUAUCAGGGCCAUGAAGUUCUCUGUCUCCCCCGUCGUGCGCGUCGCCGUGCAAUGCAAGCUCGCGUCGGACCUGCCUAAGCUCGUGGAAGGAUUGAAGCGCCUAGCCAAGUCAGACCCCAUGGUGCUGUGCACGAUAGAGGAGUCCGGCGAGCACAUCAUCGCCGGAGCCGGGGAGCUUCACCUCGAAAUCUGCUUGAAGGACCUGCAAGAUGAUUUCAUGGGAGGAGCCGAGAUCGUGGUAUCCGACCCGGUCGUUUCCUUCCGAGAAACUGUGCUCGAGAAGUCAUGCAGGACCGUGAUGAGCAAGUCCCCCAACAAGCACAACCGCCUGUACAUGGAAGCGCGGCCCAUGGAAGAGGGUCUCGCCGAGGCAAUCGACGACGGGCGCAUCGGUCCGAGAGACGACCCCAAAGUGCGGUCCAAGGUCCUUUCGGAGGAGUUCGGCUGGGACAAGGAUUUGGCCAAGAAGAUUUGGUGCUUCGGCCCCGAGACCACCGGCCCCAACAUGGUGGUCGACAUGUGCAAGGGAGUUCAGUACCUCAACGAGAUCAAGGACUCCGUCGUGGCCGGCUUCCAGUGGGCAUCCAAAGAAGGAGCACUCGCCGAGGAAAACAUGCGAGGAAUCUGCUUCGAGGUGUGCGACGUCGUCCUCCACGCCGACGCCAUCCAUAGAGGCGGCGGGCAGGUCAUCCCCACCGCGAGAAGGGUCAUCUACGCUGCCCAGCUGACGGCCAAACCAAGGCUUCUGGAGCCUGUCUACCUAGUAGAAAUCCAGGCCCCUGAACAGGCUCUCGGUGGCAUCUACGGCGUGCUCAACCAGAAACGAGGCCACGUCUUCGAAGAGAUUCAAAGGCCCGGCACUCCUCUGUACAACAUCAAGGCCUACCUCCCCGUCAUCGAGUCUUUCGGAUUCUCCAGCACGCUGAGAGCCGCCACCUCCGGCCAAGCAUUCCCCCAGUGCGUGUUCGACCACUGGGACAUGAUGUCUUCUGACCCGCUCGAGUCAGGGUCGCAGGCAGGGCAACUGGUGGCCGACAUCCGCAAGAGGAAGGGGCUGAAGGAGCAAAUGACUCCCCUCUCUGAGUUCGAAGACAAGCUCUAGACCUUCAAGUUUCAACUUCACCUCACUUCCUGAUUACCCUUUUCGCGCAUUGGGAUUUUGGUUAAUGUUUUCGAGUUUAUUUUACGGUGCAGGUUUCCCUUUUCUGAGAGUAAUCAUUCUGGAACCGAGUUAUGUUUUCUUAGGCGAGCAUCUGAUGCUCUGGUUAUUUAUGUUUUGAGCAGAGUAAUUGCGAUUUCCAUUUAA